AAGGAAAAACACACACAAAAAAUGAUCAUGGGAGAAGGCCAUGAUGCCUCUUUAUAUAUUAGCUAGGAAUACAACCCAUGUCAUGCAAAGUAGGUAGCCAAUCCAAGCUAAGAGCUAAACAUCAAUACUUUCUUACAAUAUGGCAAUUGCAACCACUCAAUCACCAAUCCCUCCUCUUCCCAUUGUUCCUCCACUAAUAACAAAACCAUGCCCAAAAUACUUGCAAGAAGAUGACAUAACCCAAGAAUGCAAAGACUUAAUCUCUACUUUACCUAAAGAAAAAGGAUGGGUAUUAUCCCAUCUUUACAAAUACCAAGGGUUUUGGCAUCCUAGUAGGCAACUCCAAGGAGUUCUUACUUGCCAAACCCAUUUCCAAGCCCAUGACACCGACAUUAUCCUCACUACUAGCCCAAAAUGUGGGACCACUUGGCUCAAAGCCCUAGCUUAUGUGAUUGUUAACCGAAAAAAUAGUUUUCCUACACAAGAAAAUCACCCACUUUUGUCAUACAAUCCCCAUGAUUUAGUACCUUUCUUAGAGCUUAAGGUAUAUGUUGAUAACAAAGUUCCUAACCUUACAAAAAUACCCUCUCCUAGGCUUUUUGCAACCCAUUUACCCGUGGAGUCACUUCCCGUAUCCAUUAAGGAAACGGGUUGUAAAGUUGUGUACUUGUGUAGGGACCCAAAAGAUGCAUUCAUCUCAUUGUGGCACUUCGCAAACAAAUUAAGGCCUCACCAUUUAGGUGAACUAUCAAUUGAAGAAGCAUUUGAUAAGUUUUGUAAAGGGGUUAGUCUUUGCGGUCCAUUUUGGGAUCAUGUGUUAAGUUAUUGGAAGUAUAGUUUGGAAAAUCCAAAUAAGGUGUUGUUUUUGAAGUAUGAAGACUUAAAAGAGGAACCUAAGUUGUAUUUGAAGAAGUUGGGUGAAUUUUGGGGGUGCCCUUUUUCUAUGGAAGAGGAAAAAGAAGGGGUGAUUGAAGAUAUUAUUAAAUUGUGUAGUUUUGAUAAUUUAAGUAAUUUGAUUGUUAAUAAAAAUGGAAAUUUGAGCUCCGGAGAGGAAAAUAAGGCCUUUUUCAGAAAGGGGGAGGUGGGUGAUUCGGUUAAUUAUCUUAGUCAAGACAUGAUUCAAAAGUUCGAUGAGAUUAGUCGCAACAAAUCUUACAAUAUGUGUGGUUUCAAGUUUUAGCUUGUAUCCAUUUUUAAACUCCUUGUGUGAACUUAAUAAACUCUAGAAUGGUAUGUACCAACUUUGACACGUUACUAAAUUAAAGGACUGAAAAGUAAGGCGUGUCGUUUAGUAGAAUAGAUAGAAGGAAUGUGAGUUACUAGAGUAGAAAGUGACAUUUGGUUUGCAAUAAAAUUAAUAUGAAUUAAGUUUAUAUUAGACUGUUUUUCUUUUAAGAGAUUUGUGUAGGUUUAUUUAAAAUUAUUCACGUACCUAUGUUGUUGAUAAGUAUUUUCAUAUUAUCAUGUUAUAUGUAGUCUUAAUUUGACUCUUGAUUUAUGCAAG